AUGAAGGCAGCUUAUCAUUACAGCCCAGACUUCCUCCACAUCGCUGUCGUUGGCUCUUCUGGAGGCGGAAAGUCAUCCUUUAUUAAUGCCGUCCGGGGCCUGUCCAACAAUGACCCCAUCGCCGCUCCUACGGGGAUUGUUGAAACUACCGAUGCGGUCACGAGAUACACUGAUCCAUGCCAAGACUCCAAGAUCUUUUGGUAUGACGUUCCCGGUGCGGGCACUCCGAAUAUGCCUGACUGGCAGUACUUCAAUAACUUGGGCCUCUACAUCUUCGACUGCAUCAUUGUGCUAAUCGACAAUCGUUUCUCGGACUCAGACCUCGCAAUUCUCCAGGCUUGCGAGCAGUUCACCAACAUUGAGGUGUUCAUUGUUCGCUCCAAGUCAGACCAGCACAUCAACAACAUGGUGUUGGACAGGAUGCCACGAGGGUUCGACCCUUUUCAUGCUGAUGACGAGUCACGCUCUCGUUUCCAGCAGGUCAAAUCAGAAAUUCGGAGAGAGUUCAUCGACAAAACGUACCAGAAUGUGCAAACGAACCUUGAGAGCAACAAUAUCCCUCCCAAGAGAGUUUACAUUGUUUGCAAGGACGCUGUGCAUGCGAUAUGGAAUAACUCGCCUUCACCCAUGGCAAUUGACGAGGAAGAGCUUCAAAAUGAUGUUGCAGAAUAUGUGCGUAGGCGUCUGCAUAGGAAUGUUCAAAAUUAG